AUGGCCAAGGAGCCAACAAAUACAUGGCCAGGCGAGCCUCCUAGUUCUCUUUACUUUUCUCUAAUACAAGUUUGCUUCACUCAUCUCAAGGCUCUUGAGGCGGCGCGCGGUGGUGAAUCUGUCCGUCAAGACCUCCCUUAUCCAGCUCAGCCACCCAAAUACCUGCGCUGCUACCGAUGCCUCUUGGAGACCAAGGAGUUGGGGUGCCUCCUGGGAUCUGACAUAUGUCUUGUCCCGGCUGGCAGCAGCUGCUUGACUCUCCAUAUAAAGAACAGCUCGGGUGCUGACAUCCUGGUGAGUGACUGUCGCCGCAAGGAACAGAUGCAUGACUGCGCACACACCCGCACCUCGCCGGUGUUUGGCUACUGGAUAUUCUCUCAAUGCUGCUUCCUGGAUUUCUGCAAUAACCCCGAGAACAGAGUCCUGGGCUUACCUUAGGAUGUCUGCAGAAGACAUUUGGAUGUCCAGUGUUUCCAGUCAUCCUACUCAUUUCUAAAACUUGGGCUCAGACUGGACAACCUCCAACCCCUCCCACCAUCCUCUGCCUCCCUCUAGGUACCUGACCCCAGUCCUAUCUUCCUCUUGGUUAACACCCUUCAACAUCCCUUUUCCCACUCUGUCCCUCCCCCAGAAUUUUCUGACAUUUUCCCUUCAAGUGCUCAGUUGGACAUCUUUCCUCCUCUCUGCUCCCACCUCCAAGCUGUGACUUUGCUUUUUAUUUGCUCCUCCUCCCUUUCUCCCACCACAGGACUCUUUUGAGCAAAUCCCCAGGUGUUCCUCCAAAAUAAACUGAUGU